AACAAAUGUAUUAAUCAGAUCAAAUUUCUGCUCUGCAUUGUUGUUCUGACAAUCUUCCAAUCGAUGUCCUUCAAUCUUGCCUUGGCCUUGGGGAACGAAACCGACCGACUAGCUUUACUUGCCUUGAAGGAUCAGCUUGUUGAUGGUUCUCCUGGAGCUCUAAUUUCAUGGAACGCUUCUCUCCACUUCUGCGAGUGGCAAGGUGUUCGUUGUGGUCGGCAGCAGCAGAGGGUAAUCAGUUUGAAACUGAAUAGCAUGAAAUUAGGUGGCUCCAUAUCUCCUUCAAUCGGAAAUUUAAGUCUCCUUCGAGAGGCUAACCUAUCUGAUAACAGCCUGCAAGGACAAAUCCCCAGGGAAUUUGGCCAGUUGAGGCGGCUUCGUUUUCUAAAUUUAAGUUACAAUAAUCUCCAAGGUAACCUCCCCAUGGAGCUCACCAAUUGCUCAAACCUCCAAUUGAUUAAUUUAAAUCACAAUAGCCUUUCUGGAAAAAUUCCAUUCAGCUUUGGUGAUGAUAAUAUGAAGAAUCUCACCAGACUCUCUCUUGCAAACAAUAAUUUGAUUGGGGGUAUUCCACCUUCCUUGGGAAACCUUUCUUCAUUGGAUUAUCUGCAACUUGCAGGAAAUCAUUUGGAGGGAGCUAUACCCAAUACUUUAGGGAGAAUAUCAAACUUGAAAAUACUUGUCAUUGGUCAAAAUAACCUAUCCGGUACGAUUCCUUCUUCAAUUUACAAUCUUUCCUCCAUGACAUAUAUUGACAUGGGUACAAAUAAAUUAUCUGGGGGCCUUGCACCUGAAAUAGGUUUUGCUUUUCCAAAGCUUGAAAUACUGUAUAUUGGAGAUAACCAAUUCACUGGAACAAUUCCAAAAUCAGUAACUAAUAUCUCUGGCCUGCAACAGUUUGACAUCCAAACAAAUGGUUUCAGUGGAUCAGUUCCUGACAAUAUGGGAAACCUUCAGAAUCUUGAACUUUUUACCAUAGACUAUAACCACCUUGGAAUUGGAAAUGCAGGAGACCUGGAUUUUCUUUCUUCUUUAAUCAACUGCAGUCAGUUGACACUUUUAGCCAUCCAUGAGAAUAGAUUAGGUGGGGUGUUACCAGACUCUGUAGCUAAUUUAUCAACCCAGCUUGAUCUUCUUUAUAUGGGAGGGAAUCGGAUUUCUGGAACGAUUCCUGAAGGAAUUGGCAAUCUUGUCAAGCUCACACAGUUUCAUAUAGGGAUAAAUUUGUUUACAGGCAACAUUCCUACUUCCAUUGGAAAGCUUCAAAAUCUUGGACGAUUUGACCUCUCUGUGAAUCGCUUUUCUGGUGAAAUCCCAUCCAGCAUUGGUAAUCUCUCUCAAUUGUCUUAUCUUUAUUUAAAUGACAACAAUUUUGAGGGAGGUAUUCCAUUGACACUCAGGAAAUGCAAGCGUAUGCAGAUCAUGGAUCUUUCCCAAAAUAAGCUUGGUGGUAGCAUACCAGAUCAGUUGAUUGCUGGUUUUGAAAGUUUGAUUACUCUGAAUAUGUCUCACAACGCUUUCACUGGUGUCUUUCCAGCAGAUAUUGGUAACUCGAAGAAUCUUGUAGAAUUACGAGUUGAUAACAACAAUUUCAUAGGUGAAAUUCCUAAGAGACUUGGUGAGAUUUCUGGAUUAAGAAUCUUGCACAUGCAGGGAAACGACUUUCAAGGUAGCAUUCCUCUAUCUUUUGGCUUUCUAAGAGGUCUUGAAAACUUGGAUCUCUCUGGUAACAAUUUGUCUGGCACGAUACCAGUUGAUCUUCAAAACCUUCCAUUUUUAGUGAGUUUAAACCUUUCUUUCAACCAACUAGAGGGUGAAGUUCCACAAAAAGGAGUUUUCAAUAAUACUAGUGAAUUUUCCAUUGUUGGAAACAAAGAACUUUGUGGGGGAAUUCCUGAAAUAAAACUCCCAAAAUGCAUCAAUCAGGCAGCAAAGAAAAAGGGAAAAGUUUUGUCAACCAAAGUCAUUUUUAUUUUCACCAUUGGAAUUCCACUUGCCUCAAUUCUGGUUGUGCUUCUUGUUUUCCUUCGUUGGAGAAAAUGCUUUGGAAGGGAAAAUAUCCCUGUGCCUUUGCUGCCUGUUGGCUACUUGCGAGUAUCAUACAAGGAACUUCUUCAAGCCACUAAUGGUUUCGCAUCCUCCAACUGCAUUGGUAGUGGCAGUUUUGGCUCUGUAUAUAAAGGAAUUCUUCACCAACACAAAAACCCCGUUGCAGUGAAAGUAUUGAACCUUCAAAACCUUGGGGCUGUAAAGAGUUUCACGGUAGAAUGUGAGGCUCUAAGAAAAAUUCGACAUCGGAAUCUUGUCAAGUUGAUAACUUCUUGCUCAAGCAUUGACUUCCAAGGCAUUGAUUUCAAAGCUCUGGUUUUAGAAUUCAUGCCUAAUGGAAGUUUAGAUAGCUGGCUGCAUGAUCAGCAAUAUGAUCACUCACGCCAUUUGAGCUUUGGUCAAAUGUUGGACAUAGCUAUAGAUGUGGCCAAUGCGUUGGAUUACCUUCACCACCAUUGUGGAAUGCUGAUUGUUCAUCGCGAUCUAAAGCCAACCAAUGUUCUUCUAGAUGAUGACAUGGUUGCACAUGUCAGUGAUUUUGGGAUGGCUAAGCUUCUUUCUGGUGCUGCAAGUAAUAAUCGGGGUAGCGAGCAAGCAACUUCCUCAGUCAUCAAAGGAACAAUUGGUUAUCUCGCCCCAGAAUAUGGCAUGGGUUGUCCUACCUCUCCCCAAGGCGAUAUUUACAGCUAUGGAAUUCUCCUCUUGGAGAUGAUCAGUGGAAAGAGGCCAACAUAUGACUUGUUUCAUGAUGGCUUAAGCCUUCAUAAUUUCUGUAAGAUGGCAUUGCCAGAACAAUUGGAGGAGAUUCUAGAUGUUCGAUUGCUUCAACAAAUUAAUGAGACGAACAUAGAUGGCGAAAUAUGGGAGUGUUUGGUUUCUUUCACUCGAGUCGGUGUUGCGUGCUCUAUAGAUGCUCCCGUUGAGAGAAUGAAGAUUGAAGAUGCUAUCACAGAGCUACAUGCAAUUAAGGCAAGAUUCCAUGCACAGAAACAAGUUGUUCCAUAAAAAGGGAUUAAAGAUAUAUAGGCAGCACCAAACGAUGAAGAUUAAGAU